CAUCUCAUGUGUCCUUAUUCUUUCUGAGUAGAUUCUUUGAUGGGAGAUCCAUCUGCGAUGGUGAGUUUCUACCCAAAUAUCCCAGAGGCUCAGUCACCAACGGCAUGUGGAGAAUUCGUCUUCCUCGUGGACCGCUCGGGAAGUAUGCAUUGUCCCAUGAAUAAUCAGGAUCUAUCUCAGCUGCGCAUAGUGGCGGCCAAGGAAACACUGAUUUGGCUGCUGAAGAGUUUGCCUGUAGGCUGUUAUUUCAACAUCUAUGGAUUUGGAUCGUCCUUUGAGUCCUUCUUUCCGUAAGUUUCUAGAAAGGCUACAGAGAGUUCAAAAAAAAAAAGAUCCUCUAAAACAGCGGUUCUCAACCUUCUGGCCCCACUCAAGGCCAUUUACAGUAGAACUUCCAUCCCAGGCCACCCUCUCCAGCUUUUUGUCUUCACAGAUGGAGAAGUGAACAACACAUUCAGUGUCAUUAGAGAAGUGAAAAGCAAUGGGCAGAGGCACAGGUGUUUCUCAUUUGGUAUUGGCGAAGGAGCCUCCACCAGCCUCAUAAAAGGCAUUGCCCGGGCAUCAGGGGGCGCGGCAGAAUUUAUCACAGGCAACGAGAGGAUGCAGUCGAAGGUGAAGGGCAGGCCUGUGUCCAGGGGGAUGUCCAGAGGGAGUGGGGGCAGGGGGCACCCUGCUCCAGCAGAGGCAACAGGGAAAGUUUGCCUCAAGUACACCCUCCAGGGCACGCAGUUUGAGAAUCAAGUGGCAUUUUCUCUACAGCCCAAGUCGGAUGCCAACCUCACCAUUCACCGCCUGGCUGCCAAGUCCUUCAUCCAGACCAAGGACGUGGGCUUCGAGGAGACUCCAGCCAAUGAUAAAAAAGAGGUGGUGAAAAUAAGCAUGGAGUGCGGCGUCAUAAGCUCCCACACGGCUUUCAUUGCCAUCAACAAGGAUCUCAACAAGCCGGUUCAGGGACCCCUGACUCGCAGUGACAUUCCAAGUCCAAUGCUAUUUGCUCAGCCGAUGAUGCUGUGUUCUCCUGGUAUGCCGAGUGGAGCUCGUGUUCAGAUGUGUGCUAGUUCUGCUCGGAUGGGUGGUGCUUCUGCUCCGAUGUUUGGUGCUCGUACUCCGAAAUCGGGGAUCAGCUUUAAAAAAAUGAAGAAACGUCUAAGGGGUGGUAAUCCUUUAUCAGUGAAACACCAGCCUGACGUGCAGCAGUAUGAUGAUCGCUGUGAUUCCAGUGAAAUACUAGGAUGUUCUUCCAACGACAUGACCGACAUGGAAACUAACCAUACAGGUGAGACGACCCUCAGUUCUCUCUCCUAAUCUAUGGGAACUGAAGAGCUCAUCUUCCGUGUUCUGCUGUCUUGUGGCGUUCUCUGCCCAGGACGUGAUCGGUUGGAGAAACGUCGGGGCAGAGGGUAAAAUGUCCCAGUCUUUUUGUCAGGGCCAGCCCCGCUUCCAUAGUCUACAACACAGGACACUGAAGCCUGCCCCAGUGGAGUUCAGGAUGAGCCCCUCUGCCAUCUCAUCAGCUCACACGCCUUGCCUACCAACAGGGACCCUC